CACCGGUUCAGCUCGCUAUGUUGACACUCCGGCGCUUAUCACGGGCGCCAUAUAUUCAUUUCCUCUCCCUUCUCUUGCGAUACUUACCAUCUCCGCCGUUCCCAUCAACUCAUGUCAUGGUGCUUGCCGGUCGAUCUCUGGAUGGAGAUCCGCCUUGAACCCGCCUUGUCCCCCUCAAAUGCGCCUGCUCCCCGCCACCUGUCGCUAUUAAAAUAACAGUCUCGGGACCUCGUCCCCUCGAGGUCGCGGCCAUGAGCCAUCAGUUCCCUUAUUCACCAGACUUCCAAGAGUGGGAGAGCAUUUCUUCUCGCCGUGAAAGCACGGUCUCAACCUCCACCGUGUCGUCCGCCUCCACCAGCAUUCUCUUCCAGAGCCCCGCAACCUCCCCCGGGACAAGCUCGCGGAAGCAGUCAUGGCAGCUGUAUGACGACGUAGUGCGGCUCCAGCUUAAUCCUUCUAUGACCAUUUCUUUCGUCAAGAGUGGUCAACUUUUCAAACUACGAUAUACGUACGUUGACGUAUGUAAAGAUUCAACGGGGGCCUUGAAAUGUCUUGAGCUCGGGGGAGGUCUCGGCCAGCAAGCGCCCUUUAUUCACGCCUUUCACAAUACCAAACUCCCUGUCCCACACCUUGAACAUCCCAAAGACAGCGAACACUACCCUCUCCGCAUCUCCUUCCUCGAUCAACAGACCGUUCAAACCGCGCAUGUGGUCUUCAUGACGCAAUUAUCAUAUAAAUUUGAAAACUGGCAAGAUUGUGUACAGUUUCAAGAACUUCUCUUAUGCUCCAAACUGGUCUUCUUGGGCGGCAUGGCCGAAGCCAAGUCCAAGGGCCGCGGAGAAGAGUGUAUCAGCCAGAAUCUCCGAAUUCUUCGUGGGCAUAGUGGCAAACGAGUCAUGCUCUUUUUUGCCAAUUCUCAGCGUGGUGCGCUGAAACGAUACGUCUCCAUUCCUCUCAACUGCGUGGGGAGCGUGAAACCACCCAAGAAAUCCGGGCGACCGGUACUCAUCGAGCUCAAUCCGAACUUUGAGAUCUUAUCGCAAAUGCGAAACCUUCAGAUCACAUUUCUGAAUGAUGAUGAUGCCAAGAGCUUUUGCCAGCUGCUGUCGAUGGACCUUACGAUUGGAUGAAUAGAUUAAUUCCCAGAUCUGUGGCCUUGGGUACCUUUUUUGGCUUUUCUUUUUGGCUUUUGACUUUUUCGUCUUAAUUUCACCACCGAUUUCCCACUUUGCAUGGCGGAGUUUUUGGGAGUGUGAUUACCGUGUGAUACCAUCUAAUGCAAACACUUAUCGAAACAUUGAUAUUCUCCUAUUGGCGUAAACCCCUUGACCCCCUCGAAGCCGGACUUUUGUAGAAUUAGCCAAGACGCUGAGUGUUGGUGGUGGUGAG